AUGGCAAUUGUAACUGGUUCUGAUCCUAAUUCAAUUAUCGGCGUGGGAAUCAACUGGGGUACCAUGACCAACCACCAGUUGUCAGCUGAUAAGAUUGAGGUGAUGGUAGCAAUCCCUAAUUUCAUGCUGUUGGAUAUAAGUCAAGAUCCAAGCUACACUGAUUAUUGGGUUGAUGCUAAUAUUACUACUUAUGCUUAUCCUGGUGGUGUUGAUAUCAAGUAUGUUGCAGUCGGAAACGAGCCAUUCCUCAAAGCAUACAAUGCUACGUAUUUCCAAAUCACAUUACCAGCAUUAAAAAAUGUCCAAAAUGCCCUUACCCGGGCUGGUUUCGGGAACCUAAUCGAUUUUUACAUUGCAAUAUCUACAAAAAGCUAA